CGUGCACUCCAGCCGCCGGGCUGUCGCAUCCUCUUCCUGCGCAGAGCUGCAUGGCAACGAGAGGAGGAGGCUGCUCUGUAUAAGGGAGGUUACCGCGGCCCCACGUGUCCUCCUCACCGCAGAUCCAAUGCAUUUCUCUUCGCUUUCCCAUCCUCUAGUUUCCGCAUACCGCAGAUACACACACACACUUACACACACGCACAUAUAACCUCAUCCAGCCAUACUACGCACCCGCGCAGCCUUGCGGAGCGAUGCAUCCGCUAUGCGCUCUCCCGUUCCUUAAUAUUAUCCUCACUCUCUAGGCCUCGAUUGAUUCAUUUUUCACCAUUCUGAGAUGCAAAUCCAAAUUCUCUGUAGCGUUGUUAGCCAUAGUUGAGAGGGUGAGAGGUAGAGAGGGGGGAGAGAUGAGGGGACGCGCAUCAUCAGAUGUUUAGCAGAUUAACUUUGGAUCUUCGCCAUCUCUGCUGUGCGUUUUUUGGUCUUGUUCCUCCUCUCCACCUUCCCGGUUCUUGACAUCUUAUUUGCGGCUCUCGAUGUUGUAAUCCGAGGGAAUAUGUGAAGAUCAUGCUGUCGGUGUGGUGCUUCAUGGUCUUUGCUGCAGUGGGCGAGAGGCUUGCAGUCUCAGGUGUGGAAAGGAGUCCGGUGGAGGAUGGAGGCAUGUGGGACUGGUUUACCCCAUCAGGCCAGCUGGAUGAUGGGGAUACUUCAACCGAGAUUACCUAUCCAAAACGGCUGGUGCAUCAAAUCAAGUCAGAGGAGGAAAUGGCUCAUGACUACAUAAAUACCAGGGUGAAGAACAGCAGUGGGGACAGUUUGCCUGUCCACUUGGCCCAGAGCUGCUUUCAAGUCAAAGCCUUCGGACGUACCUUCACUCUGGACCUGGAGCUAAACCAUCACCUGCUGUCUUCAGAUUAUGUAGAGCGGCACUUCAACCACGACGGCAGACCCUUGCAGUCCCUGGGAGGAGAGCACUGCUACUACCAGGGAAGGUUAAGAGGUUUAGCAGAGUCCUGGGCAGCAGUCUCCACCUGCCACGGACUGUGUGGCAUGUUCUCUGAUGGCUUCUUCUCUUAUGGGAUUGAGCCUGUUCACAAUGGGAGCAAACAGGAUGAUGGUGCUCACUUAAUACGCAGGAUGCCUGAUAUUAGACUUUCUCCUUACUGCGCAGACUGUGCAGAAGACAGUGAGUGGGACAGCGGAGGAAGCGAUGGUGGUGAUAAUAAACUGGACCAAACAGCGGAGCAGCAGGUGUUUAGUGGGCUGAGAAGAUCCAAGAGAUUUGUUCGUAAGCCCUCAGUCCAGACUGAAACCAAAUAUAUUGAGAUGAUGGUGGUCAACGACAAUGACAUGUUUUUACAGCUGCGUCGCUCCAGCAGCCAAACCAAGAAUUUUGCCAAAGCUGUGGUCAACACGGCAGAUACGAUCUUUCAGGAACAGCUGAACACAAGGAUUGUGCUCGUCGCCAUGGAGACCUGGACCUCUAAAAACAUGAUGCCAGUAGUUGAGGACCCGUUGAUAACACUGCAGAACUUCAUGAAGUACAGGAAGGACAACAUCCAGGAACAAAAUGAUGUUGUCCACCUUUUCUCAGGGCGUACAUUUCACAGUAGCCGCAGUGGUACAGCCUACACAGGAGGGGUGUGCUCCUUAACAAGAGGAGGAGGAAUUAAUGAGUAUGGGAGUGUAGGAGCAAUGGCCAUUACUUUGUGCCAGAGUCUUGGCCAAAACAUUGGGAUGAGGUGGAAUAAUGCACGAACCUCUGCAGGUGACUGCAGGUGCCCAGAUGCCUGGGUGGGCUGCAUCAUGGAAGAUACUGGAUUCUAUUUGCCCAGAAAGUUUUCUCGCUGUAGUGUUGAUGAGUACAUCCAGUUCUUGCUCCAAGGGGGUGGAAGCUGCCUCUUCAACAAGCCCAAUAAGUUGUUGGACCCUCCAGAGUGUGGAAAUGGCUUUGUGGAGCCAGGAGAAGAGUGUGACUGUGGGUCCCAGGUGGAGUGUGCCCGAAGAGGAGGAGCCUGCUGUAAAAAGUGUACUCUUACCCAUGAUGCCAUGUGCAGUAAUGGACUCUGCUGCAGUGACUGCAAGUAUCAGCAGAGAGGUGAUGUAUGUCGAGAGGCCGUGAAUGACUGUGAUAUCCCAGAAACCUGCACUGGAGACUCCAGCCAGUGUUCUCAUAAUGUCCACAAGCUGGAUGGCUACAUUUGUGAUAACAGCCAGGGACGAUGUUAUGGUGGACGAUGCAGAACUCGUGAUGGACAGUGCAAAGGACUCUGGGGCUUUAACUCAGCGGACAGGUUUUGCUAUGAGAAGCUGAACGCUGAAGGGACAGAGAAAGGGAACUGUGGUCGAGGUCCUGAUGGGCAAGGCUGGCUGCAGUGCAACAAACCGGAUGUUUUAUGUGGGUUCCUGUUCUGUGCUAACGUCACCAUGAAGCCAAAGUUUGGUGAUCUGCAAGGUGAAGUGACCAGCUUCACCCUCUACCAUCAGAACAAGUACCUGGACUGCAGAGGUGGUCAUGCUUUGCUAGAGGAUGGCUCAGACCUGGGCUAUGUAGAGGACGGCACUCCCUGUGGUCCCAACAUGAUGUGUUUGGAGAGACGCUGCCUCCCUGUGGCGGCGUUCAACCUCAGCACGUGUGCAGGAUCUACUUUCGGACGCAUUUGCUCUGAUCAUGGGACCUGCAGUAAUGAGGUGAAGUGUAUCUGUGACAGGGACUACACAGGGAAGGACUGCAGUGUCUUUGAUCCCAUCCCUGAGCCAACAGUAUCAACAGGCCCAGAGAAGAAAGGUCCCAGUGGCACCAAUAUCAUAAUAGGGUCCAUCGCAGGUGCUAUUCUCCUGGCAGCUAUAGUCCUAGGGGGAACAGGAUGGGGAUUUAAGAAUAUUCGAAGAGGAAGAUCUGGAGGAGGAUAAUAUCUCUGUCUAUCUUUCUGUCUGUGUCCUGUCCACUUUCGUCUUCCUCCUCGCACUGUGUCGUUUCCACGUUGAAGAAGAGGGGAAUAAAACAAAAAAAAAAAAGUCUUCCAUUACAGUCCCCAAAUCCUCUCCAGACCUUUUCAGAUAGUUGUUUCCUCCAUGCUCCCGUCUGCUCCUGCCGUCUGUCCUCCUUCAGGGCUCCUCCCUCCUUGGGGCCUGCGGAGCUCCUCCUCUUACCAUACCAGCCAAAUCAUACUCAUGGGGCUUCUGCCAGCAGGCCGCUGAGGAUUGUGUCCAGGCUGAGCCUAAAGCGAGCAGGUGGCUCUCUCUGUGGGAGACGUCAGGGUCUUCCUCCAGGCCAGGAGCUCUGCAAACAUGCUUUGGUGUCUUCUUUUCACAUCUUGAAACUGAUGAAGAACAUAUCAACGGUGGACCAAUUUGAUACAAGACAUGUCUUUCCAAUUCCUGCCUGCACAUAAACUAGACCUGCCACUAAUUGUGCCCACAGUUGAUUGUUGGACUUCCACAAAAACUGAACUAAACGUUAUAGGAGCUGAGUUGUUCCUUUUUACUCGAAAGAAGAAGGACCUUAGGGUUAGUUCUUCCAAGGCCAAGCCUUGACUAGGUGCAUCUUAAAAUUGAAGGUGAUUUUUUUUAAUCUACAAUGUUUGGAAACAAGGAAAUAACUGGGGAAAAAAAUCCUGUUUUAGCAUGGUUUUUCCAAAGAGAGACUAAGGAAAGAAUGAUGAGCAUAGAUGCCAUUUGUUCUUAACUUGAGGUGUCCUACUUGCCCCUCCCCCCUUCAAGAAGUCUUCAGGUACAAGAAGAGAAGCAAGGUGUUAUGGUUUUGGGAUCAUUUUAAAAAACACAGAACUAUGAAGCAGCAGAGACCGUAACUUAGUGUUUUUAACGUCAGACUGACCGACAUACAUUCCACUUUAUCUGUCUGUGCGUUCUCACCACUUCCAAAGUUUGUAGGAGGUUUACUCUGUAUGUCUGUUUAAGAAUAAAUGUAUGGGUGUAAGAGAUUUUUAAAGAAAAGGAAGAAUGUAUGUGCGUUUACAUUAAUGUUAGGGGCAGUUGUGUCCACCUACACUUUUAACACUCCUAUCACUAGUCGAUAGGCAGGUUUUUACCUCUAGAGGAUUGUCUCUUUCUACAGCCUGUUGUCCACUGCAGCCAUUAAGGCAGCACAUUCGAAACGCAUUCAAAACUGUGUUUAUGUCGGACAUCUACAGAAAAUGAGCACGUGCCCACUGUAUGCACACCUGUUUGUAAAUAUGUGCAAAAAUAUUCUGAAUGUUAAAUGCAAUCUAUAAAGAUUUAUUUAAAGCUA